AUGGCAUCAUCAAGUAGGAUUUUGGAGAUGGAAACCCCCCUGAACGACAGUAACAAGAAACAAAUUCUUCUAAAUGGAUUCGACAUGUUUACGGUCGGCCAUCUAUCGUUCGGCCAGUGGAGGAACCCCAAAGAUCGAGCAAAGGAUAAGCGACGCGACUUGUCGUACUGGACUGACCUUGCCAAGCUCCUCGAAAAGGGGGGCUUCACAUAUAAGGGGAGCGCUGAGCCAGCUAUCCGAACGGGAAGCCAAUUCCCCAUGGCCGAUCCAGUAAUUCCGGUCUCAGCAAUGGCAGCAGUUACGAAGAAGCUUGGAUUUGCCAUAACGACGUCAACCUCGUAUGAACAGCCCUAUGUCGUGGCAAAACGCUUCAGUACGCUGGAUCAUCUGACAGGAGGUCGCUUUGGUUGGAACAUCGUAACGAGUUGGAAGGAAUCAGCGUCUCGGGCUGUCGGACUACCCUACGUGGAACAUGAUAAACGCUACGAGAUUGCAGACGAGUAUCUGAGAGUUUUAUACAAGCUCUGGGAGGACUCGUGGUCCGAUAAAGCCCUGGUUGAAGACGCAGAGAAAGGCGUCUACGCCGACUAUUCGCAGAUCCGGACUAUUCAUCACCAUGGCGCGAAGUUCCGCGUCGAUGCUCCCCAUAUCGUAGAUCCAUCGCCCCAGCGGACUCCCGUCCUCUUCCAAGCGGGCACUUCGCCAGCCGGCAUCCAAUUCGGCGCAACCCACGCCGAAGGGAUCUUCGUCUCCGCCCUCUCCCCUCACAUCCUCGCGCCCCGCGUCCAAGCCAUCCGCGCCGCCGCCGCCUCCUCCUCCGGCCGUGACCCCUCCUCCAUCAAGAUCUUCGCCAUGAUAACCCCCAUCAUCGGCUCCUCCCCCGCCGACGCACGAGCCAAGCACGAGGACGCUUUGCGGUACGUGCUUGUGGAAGGCGGGCUAGCGCAGUUCAGCGCGAGCACGGGGAUCGACGUCGCGCGCUUCGACCUCGACCACGAGCUCACGGCCGACGACAUCUCGGCGAUCGCGCGCGUGCACUCGGCGCUCGGGAACCUGCAGUAUAGGGGGGACGACGUGCCGCGGCUGACGCCGAGGAACUUGGGGGUUGUGAGUGCGAUUGGCGGCAUGGGUGCGAUGCCGGUGGGGACGGCGGCGGAGGUGGCGGAUGUGAUGGAGGAGUGGGUCGAUGUGGCGGGUGUGGAUGGGUUUAAUCUGGGCUAUGUGAUCACGCCGGGGAGUUUUGAGGAUGCGUUGGAGUACUUGGUGCCGGAGCUGAGGAGGAGAGGGAGAUAUCCACCCGCAGAGGAGGAUGGGGGGAGAAUGGUGUAUCUGAGGGAUGAUCACCCGGGCUUUCGGUACAAGUACGAUACGUAUGAGGAUGCGGUUGCGAAGGAACAGGAGACGGAGGCGCAAACGGCGUAG